AUGACUGAAGAAAAAGAAUUCUGCCACCUGCAAGCGCGGCCACCCACCCCUCUCGAGCUGCACCCAUCCCAACGUGUCGACCAGGAUAAAGGAGUGCAUAUUCGGAAUGGAGUGGUUACGCAACAGAGCCCUACUGCAGUCCCGUACCAUAGCGCUCGUCGCUGGAGUUUCCAAAGAAAGAUGUUGGUGUCGGUGGGUGCUAUUUUUUCUUUCUUGGUAAUCACACUGGCGACUUCAAUCUAUAUUGCGAGCAUCCCUGGAAUCAUGGUCGAGUUUAAUGUCGGACGAACGCUGGCCAUAUCACCGGUCACAUUCUACGCCAUGGGCUUCAUAUUUGGCCCUAUGUGCACCUCUGCUUUAUCAGAGGAAUUUGGAAGGGAGUGGAUCUAUAAGAUCUCGCUGUUACUCCACCUAAUCUUCACGGUCGUGGCAGGUUCUGCAAAAAACUUUGCCACGAUUGCCGUGUGCCGCGCGAUUUCAGGUCUUGUGGGCUCUCCAUCGGUUACAGUCUUUGCAGGAGUUCUCAAUGACCUGUGGAAAAUGCCCGAGGACAAAUUCGCAGUUCCCCUCUUUGUACUCUAUGGACUAGGUGGAGCUGUUGCCCCAGAGCUUGGUCCUGUGAUCGGCGAGGCCAUCGUGGCUUCCCAUGGCUGGCGAAGUACCUUCUGGCUGACAGCCAUUCUCGUGGGGACUUGCCUGGUUUCCAUGAUGUUUGUGCCGGAGACGUUUGAGCCCGAGAUCAAACGGAAGACGCUGAACCUUCCGCGCGACGAUUGGCGCAAGGUUUUUGUCGCAGCAUUUGCGCGACCCAUUCGUAUGCUUACGGUGGAGCGCAUAAUCUUCCCUACUGCAUUUGUCGUGACAAUGAGUCAAGUCGUUCUUUUUAUACUCUACGCGGGGUACCCGAUCGUGUUGCAGAGAACUUAUCAAUUUUCGUCUUACCAAGUGGGAUUGGCAUUCUUGCCGCUUUUCGUGGGAUCUUUGCUGGCAGCACCUGUGCUGUCAUUCCUGGAUCGACGUAAACGUGCACUCAAUAAUGCCACUCCGGAAGAUAGCCUUAAUGGGGCUUUUCUGGCGGCCCUUCUUCUUCCAGCUAGUCUACUCUGGUUGGCAUGGACAGUUCGUCCUACUAUUCACUGGAUCUGGCCCAUUCUCGCUGGGGUUCCCUACGGACUUGGAUUUGCCCUAUCACAGCUGGUCUACCCGAUCUACAAGAAUAUAGUUUACGGCGCUGGGUUGGGAGCUUCUUCUUUCGCCAUCGAUGUGUUCAUGCGAUACUCCCUCUCCUGCGUAUUUCCGCUUUUUACGAUUCCACUCAUCGAUCACAUCGGCUUCGACUGGGUCAUGACCACAUGUGCGUUGGUGAUGAUUGCACUUAUACCAGUACCUUGGUGGUUACAGAAACAUGGUGCCCUGUUGAGAAGGCAAAGCCCCUAUCUCAACAGCCCUGAGCAUAAGAUGGGGUCGGUAAUGGUGGAGUCCAUAUAG